GACGUGGUGAUGGACUAACCUGCCCGUGAUAGGAGUGGAGGGGGUUUUAGGGGAGGGGGGUCAUAAAGAGUGAAGGAACAGCUCUUUCUAGGGUCAGGAGAGCUCAUAACAAGCUUAUAAAGAGACAGACACCACAAAGCAGACAGUUGGAGCCGUUACCUAGACUACAUUCACAGAUGAAGAUGAAGACUCUGGUCUUUCUGUUGUUGAGCCUGACAGUGGCUCUGGGGAGAGCACAUGGAGUCAUGGAUGAAAGGAUUGAUGAAUGGAAACCACCUUUGCACCAGAGAGAGAUCUACCCAGUCCUGAGAGACCAGGAGAAACCCGCUGGCUGGAACACUGAGGCGAUUGUAAAACAAACCCAGCUUAGUUCUGUGGUGGAGGAGAAACCUAAUGAACUGAGCCUUCUAGUGCAGGAGAAACCAGAAGAGCUGAGCCCCCUGGUGCCGGAGAAUCUAGUGGAACCCAGCCUGGAUUUACAGGUGAAUCCAGUAAGACAUGAAAAACCAGCUGAAUGGAUGCCAGUGGUUCAGAAGAAACCAGAAACAGAAGACACUGUGGAGCUGGAGAAGAAAGUAGAGCAAGCCCAGGAGAAACCAGUAGAGAAAGCCCAGGAGAAAGCAGUAGAAAAAGCCCAGGAGAAACCAGUAGAGAAAGCCCAGGAGAAAGCAGUAGAAAAAGCCCAGGAGAAACCAGUAGAGAAAGUCCAGGAGAAACCAGUAGAAAAAUCCCAGGAGAAACCAGUAGAGAAAGCCCAGGAGAAACCAGAAGAACCGAGCCCUCCGGUGCAUGUGAAACGAGAAGAACUGAGUCCUCCAGUGCAGGAAAAAACAGAAGAACUGAGCCCUGUCGAGCAAGAGAAACCACGGUUAGAUGUGGCCCCUGUGGUUGAAGAGGAGUUGGUGGAGGUGGGCCCAGCAGCAGAGAAGGAAACUCAGCCUGAGCAGGAGAUGGAGGCUGAGAUGGAGGAGGAUCUACUGAGGAUGGAAGAUCCCGAGAUGGGCAAACCAGAGAUGGAAGAAGCAGAGAUGGGAUUAAAUAUGGAACAACCAGAGAUGGAAGGAAAAGAAAUGGAAGAACCAGAAAUGGAGGAAUCAGAAGUACCAAGGGUAAAAAUGGAACCUGAAGUAGAAAUGGAGACAGAGGUGGAGAUGACGCUUGCAAUGGGUGAGGGGCUCACCUACCAAGAGGAGGGCCCCCUUAUGGAGGGUGAAUAUGUCAUGGCUGAAGAGCCAAUCAUGGAUUUGGAACCACUGCCAGAGGACAAUUUGAUUGAACAGUAUUGGAGAGGAAGCAGUCCUAUGGAUGGCAACAAGAUGGCUCCAGAAAUUAUGUAUAAUUUUGAUCUGGAAGAGGAGCCAAUGACAGAACUGGAGCCGUUGCUAAGGGAGGGGCCUAGCCUGGAGGAAGACGAUGAGUAUGUCAUGGCGGAACAACCAAUCAUGGAGCUGGAGCCUGAAAUGUGGGAUGUGCCUUUUGGAGAGAAUCCAAUCACGAUAGAUUACGCCAUCAAGGGGGAGGAGCCAGUGAGGGAACUGAUGGAAGACAUAGAGCCUACGAUGGAGAGGGAGUACUUCCUGGCUGAGGAACCAAUCAUGGAGCUGGAACCUGAAAUGAGGGAUGGGCUAUACACUGGGCAUUAUCCAAUGUCAGACUCAGCUGUGAUGGUAGAGGAGCCAAUGAUGGAGUUGGAGCCUCUAGAAGAGAAGAGACAUCUUAGGGAAGAGCGUUUGCUAUUGGAGGAGGGGGUUCGAGUAAGAGAGAGACCUCUCAUGGAGCAGCCAACGAUGGGCAAGGGCCCCAUGAUGGAUGGAGAGGCGCGAAUGUGGGUGGAACCAGAGAGGGCGAAGCGGUCUUUAAAUAGGGAGGAUAGGGAGGUGGGGCUAAAGGAGAACAUGGCCCAACUUGAACCUACAGGGAGGAGCUCCUGCAGUGGUGUGGUCCUGGAGGGGAAAUGCUACCAGUUCUUCAGAGGCCCAAAGACAGCCUCAGAUGCUGAGUUCUACUGCCAGGCUAACGUCCCUCGUGGCCACCUGGCAUCCAUCACCAGUCAGACCAUCCACAUUCAGGUCAUGGGCCUCAUGAAGCAACAGAUCGGAGAAUACACACGCACCUGGGUUGGAGGACUACGCUACCUGGACACUGGUCGCUUCAUCUGGUUGGACGGUGCCCACUGGCACUAUGAGGAUUGGCUGCCUGGUGAGCCCAAUUACACGGCAGGGGUGGAGAACUGUCUGGAGCUGCUGUCACUUGGAAAUGGGAAGUUUAAUGAUAUGCCGUGCUGGGAUCUGCGAGCGUUUGUCUGCUCUCACCCUGUCUAGGAAACAGUAGGAUUAAGAUGACCCUAGACCAGUGGAGACUGCUGAGGGGAGAACGGCUCAUAAUAAUGGCUGGAAUGGAUUAUAAUGGAUGGAAUGUAAUAGUGCCAAACCCAUUAAAACCAUGAUUUUGAUACCACUCCAUUAACUCUGUUCCAGCCAUUAUAUUGAGCUGUCCUCCACCGCCCUAGACACUGAUCUAAAGUCAGAUUACAUUCUUCACCCCAGUGUGGAACAUUUUUUUUUAGGAAACUGAUCCUAGAGCUGUACAUAUUAGUGCAUCCUCUAUCCAGAGCUCUAUGAACACAGCGGUGUCAGAUUUUAUGACCCUUGCACUUUGAACCUCAAGGGGGUUUCCAGUUUGAGUCACGGGGGAUUCAAGUACCUGGCUUCAGUGGUGAAAGAGAUUCUUAAACAUUUAACUGCAUUUACACUGUAAGAUAUUAUUUCUCAAUGAUAAACAAUCUAUUUUAGAGCCAUAGGAAAGCACUUUUUAUAUUUUGAAGAUAUAACUAUGUUCAUAUGUUUGUGUAAAAGUUAUAUAAAUGACUGUAAUCAUUUCUAUAAAGGGACAUUUUUGCUAGAAACA